AUUUCUCCUUGCCAGCGUGGAUCUCCCCCGAGCUCCGCCCUCCCUCCUCACCUGCUCCUGGGGAAACUACACCAAGGCCGCCGACACCAGCUCUGGCCUGGGGCCCCCUCCCCCUCGCCCCGGGACCGCUCCGCCCCUCCCGGAUCCCGGCCGGCGGAGCGCAUUUAUUUGCAUAUUUCUACCUUUGUUCCCGGCCAGCGGCCAAUCAGCGCGCGGGGCGAGACGAAGGGGCUGGGCGGGGCUCGGGCUCCUGCUCCGGCUGAGCUGCGGCGGCCGCAGGUUCCAAAGCGGGUCUGAGCCGCCGCCACGCGCGCCGCGUACUGCAGCCCCAGGCCCCGACCCCCCACCCACGUCCUCGUUGCUGCCCCGCCUGGGCCAGGCCCCAAAGGCAAGGACAAAGCAGCUGUCCGGGAACCUCUGCCGGAGUCGAAUUUACGUGCAGCUGCCGGCAACCACAGGUUCCAACAUGGUUUGCGGGGGCUUCGCGUGUUCCAAGAACUGCCUGUGCGCCCUCAACCUGCUUUACACCUUGGUUAGUCUGCUGCUAAUUGGAAUUGCUGCGUGGGGCAUUGGCUUCGGGCUGAUUUCCAGUCUUCGAGUGGUCGGCGUGGUCAUUGCGGUGGGCAUCUUCUUGUUCCUGAUUGCUUUAGUGGGGCUGAUUGGAGCCGUAAAACAUCAUCAGGUGUUGCUAUUUUUUUAUAUGAUUAUUCUGUUACUUGUAUUUAUUGUUCAGUUUUCUGUAUCUUGCGCUUGUUUAGCCCUGAACCAGGAGCAACAGGGUCAGCUUCUGGAGGUUGGUUGGAACAAUACGGCAAGUGCUCGAAAUGACAUCCAGAGAAAUCUAAACUGCUGUGGGUUCCGAAGUUUUAACCCAAAUGACACCUGUCUGGCUAGCUGUGUUAAAAGUGACCACUCGUGCCCCCCAUGUGCUCCAAUCAUAGGAGAAUAUGCUGGAGAGGUUUUGAGAUUUGUUGGUGGCAUUGGCCUCUUCUUCAGUUUUACAGAGAUCCUGGGUGUUUGGCUGACCUACAGAUACAGGAACCAGAAAGAUCCCCGUGCGAAUCCUAGUGCGUUCCUUUGAUGAGAAAACAAGAAAGAUUUCCUUUCGUAUUGUGAUCUUGUUCACUUUCUGUAAUUUUCUGUUAAGCUCGAUUUGCCAGUUUAAGGAAGGAAACACUAUCUGAAAAAUUACCUUAUUGAUAGUGGAAUUAUAUAUUUUUACUCUGUUUCUCUAAAUUUUUUUCUUUUUCUGUUGCUGAAAAAUAUUUGAAACUUGUGGUCUCUGAAGCUCAGUGGCACCUGGAAUUUACUGUAUUCAGUGUCGGGCACUGUCCACUGUGGCCUUUCUUAGCAUUUUUACCUGCAGAAAAACUUUGUAUGGCACCACUGUGUUGGUCAUAUGGUGAAUCUAAACGUACAUCUCACUGGUAUAAUUAUAUGUAGCACUGUGCUGUGUAGAUAGUUCCUACUGGAAAAAGAGUUGAAGUUUAUUAAAAUCAGAAAGUAUAAGAUUCUAUUAUGUUAAGGGAAAUCCAAAUUCCCAAUUUUUUUUUGUCUUUUUAGGAAAGAUGUGUUGUGGUAAAAUAUGUUAGUAUAAAAAUGAUAAUUUACUUGUAGUCUUUUAUGAUUACACCAAUGUGUUCUAGAAAUAGUUAUGUCUUAGGAAAUUGCAGUUGAGUUUUUGACUUUUACAGGUAAGUGCGAAGGAGAAGUGGUUUCAUGAAAUGUUCUAAUGUAGAAUAACAUUUACCUUCAGCCUCCAUCAGAAUGGAACGAGUUUUGAGUAAUCAGGAAGUAUAUCUGUAUAAUCUUGAUAUUGUUUUAUAAUAAUUUGAAGUCUAAAAGACUGCAUUUUUGAACAAGUUACUGUUAAUGAGUUGGCCCACGUAGCAAAAAGAUAUUUGAUUAUCUUAAAAAUUGUUAAAUACCGUUUUCAUGAAAUUUCUUAGUAUUGUAACAGCAACUUGUCAAACCUAAGCAUAUUUGAAUGUGAUCUCUCAUAAUUUGAAAUUGAAAUCGUAUUGUGUGGCUCCGUAUAUUCUGUUAAAAAAUUAAAGGACAGAAACCUUUCUUUGUGUAUGCAUGUUUGAAUUAAAAGAAAGUAAUGGAAGAAUUGGUGGAUGAA